UUUUCUGCUGUAUAUUACUAGUUGUCGACUACUCGAAUUUGUUCAUUUGUGAGAAAGAGUGAACGAGUUCGUAUUUCCAAUUUUUCAUUCAUCGGGGAUACCACCCCCACAUACACAGGACCUCUCACAGACGAAAUAAACAGGUACACAUACGAUUUUCGGAUCUAUAUUGAUGCAAGUGAGCAAGUUAUCUUCACAAAUUUCUCUUGACAUUCAGCUGUUGUCAAUGAAUGAUUUGUGGAUGGUUAUCGCCACUCACGUCAGUGUAGACAAGUAAUCUUGCACAAUAUCCCUUUCUUUAUUCCAGUUCAUCUUAUCACAGUGCAAGCAGUCAAAUUGGAAACAACCUCAUCCCGACUGUAAUACUGUAAGUUGAUUGAAUAUUGAUGUGAGUUGACAAACUGUACUGCCUCUUUAUAAUCACUAUCAUUUGACGUGAAUACACAAAGAGAUGUUAAACGAAUGAUUAGAACGUUGGAAUGGGUCGAUCAGAUGUUCUCAACUCUAAACCUGGGAAUAUUGAUGCCUCACUGUGUACUGUGUUGAUUGGACUAGCUUAGCUGGAAACUGGAGAAUGAAGACAUUUUGAUUAUUUGCAUAGAGUGAGUGCGGAAGUGGUCACUCCACAGUAUGGGACAAUCAAGACAGUUCCAAUAUUCACAAUAUUUGCCAGCGCCUUUCCUCAAUGAACAACAUACUUGCAUUAUGUACAUCGUGUUGAAGUGACUAUUUUGAGUUGAUCAACAAUAAAUUGCGUUUCGGCCCUUCAGACGUUGUAAUAGCUGGACAAUAUUCUAUUCAGACAUGAAUGCAUCCAUAUAGUUCAUUCAUAUCAUGGUAUUCACCAUGAUACUCCCGAAAUACUUUGGCUUUCUCCCCAUCUCAUUGUGUAUUAUAGUUAACCCGAGUGAUGACAAGCGAAUUUCUCACUUUGAUUUCAGGAUACUGGCCGACAUCGUAACUCUUCUAUUAACUUUUGUCACGAAACUGAGGGAUAGUUUUCCUGCCAAUGUCUCCGUCACCUUAUUAGCAGUUUAUUCACUUUCUGCUGGUGCAGCAGUACUAUUAACUGAACUGAAUUGGUCGGAAGCCCUCAUUGUGCUUAGCAUGACGGCUGUGAUUUUCAUGACCGCUGCGAUUGCAGGUCUCAAAUCGAAGAAUCUGAGUGGUAAAGGAUGGAAGGUAUUCAUGUGGAUAUUGGUCGGAUUUUUGCUUGUCGGUGGGGUAGCUGCCAGCUUCAUACCCCUUCAUCCACAACUCAUGACGGCAGUUGGUAUAUCCUUGACCGUUGCAUUAGCCAUAAGUAUCUUCAUGACCAUCGAUUACCUGAGAGAUAUGGCUCUUUCGAUCCAACGUUCUCUGUUAUAUUAUUCUUCGCAUACAUAUUAUGGUUUCAAGAAAUGUUACUUUGCUUAUCAAUAACUCUAUGUUACGCGGGAAUAAACAGUACACUGAGUACUUCCAAUAACUUGGGUUAUCCAGAUAUUCAAAUCACCCUCCAUUGACUCUUCACCUUACUAUUUUCCGUGUGUGUGUGUGUGUGUGUGUGUGUGUGUGUGUGUCAUCAUGAAAAUGUUUGUACUCAGAAAAUUAACAAACACUUUCUGUUGUCACACAACUGAACUACAUAACUUGAAUAAUCUAUGCAUAGUGUUUCUUUGAUGGUCUCAUUUAUUAUUCGGUGGUUGAAUCCAAAUAUUUGGUUACUGCUAGUUACCAGUGAUUGAAUUUCAUUCUAUGAAUAUUAAAAAAUGUGAUUUUGAUAACUAGGCUGAAUCGCCUAAAUCCACUUUCCUUCAUUGAAUGUAAUGAAAAUUGAACACGACACAUCUUCAAUGUUAG